GGCAGGACUCGCAUUGGGCAGACGACUACGUCAUGGUCAUUGCCAAAGUCGAUGAAGCUCCCAAUUCGGUCAAGGAGCUCGCAAGCUUCAAUCGCGGCGCAACCCUUGGUCGGUACACUCACGUUUGCAAGCGAUAGCGCUGAUAGUAUCUCAGAUCUCGAUACUUUUGACAAGAUGAUUCGCGUCUGCAAGAUGUUGCCAGAAUGCUUCCCGACCAGCUAAUUCGACCCUGUUUCCAAUGCAUCCUGUUGCCAUCCCGCCCGCGCUCGGCCUUAUGCUCCUUUCUCGGAUCCGUCUGGACAUCGUUUGAGACCCGCGGAACAUUGCUACCGCUUUCCUGACAUCAGUUCGCGCAUCGAAAGCAAGCCUGCCUCAAGCCCAAGAUGUUCAAGACGAUCCUCGUCCUGUCGCUGUGCGCACUGUUUGUCGCGACGAACAGUCAGAUCGCCGAUGAUGAUGGAUUUAUGGGCCACUGCGUUGGCGGACCUUACAAUGGAGAGCCUUGUGGAGAUGCGCAGAGUGACUGCUCUGAUCGUUCGACUGGCUAUUUGAUACCUGGCGUAUCCUGCCCCUCGGACUGAGACUAUGCUCCCAUUAUGCGCAUGAAUGGCUUGAUGCCUCCUGAUGCCUCCCAAACAGUAGUUGUGGUGCACACAUUGCAUGUGCGCGUUGAUGACAAC